AUGUGGCGAGACCGCACCAACCUAUAUAUUUCAUACCGGCAGUCGUACGCGCACCAUCCUACACAGCGAAACAAAUACGGCGGUGGUAGAUCCGGUGUGUUCUCAGAUGCAUACUCGUCGAGCAAUUAUGCAAGUGAGGAUCGGCGCGGCUUGCUCUCGGGCAGCGCAUUCGACGAUGAUGGCGACGCCGUAAUCGAGAUGGACCUGCUGCCUCCUCGAUGGGCUGAUAUAUCGGAUGAGAUUAACGAUCUAUUGGCCACCAUUGUGACAAAGGGGCAGCAGUUAGAGAAGCUGCAUCAAAAGCACGUUCUGCCUGGAUUCGACGACGACGAAGCGAAAAGAACUGAAGAGACACAAAUCGAAAAGCUUACCCAAGAGAUUACAAAGGGCUUCCACGACUGCCACCGAUGUAUCCAACGUGUGGAGCAGAUAGUCCGUGAAUCCAAGCAGUCAGGGACUAUUAGCCGCGCUGAAGAGACCAUGGCCAAGAAUAUACAAAUAUCCCUAGCUGCAAGGGUGCAGAAUGCCAGCGCAAACUUCCGCAAGAAACAAAGCUCAUACCUCAAGAAACUCCGGGGCAUGGCAGGACUAGGACAACCGACACCGGACAUUCGAUCAUCCUCACCAGCACCUGGAUCAUACAUCGAACCUCCGGUGCAGGAGUCUGACGCCGACAGAUUUCUCUCUCAAUCCACGCUCCAGGUCGCUAAACAGAGACAGCUCACAUCAAACGACGCAGCGAUAGCCCAACGCGAACGCGAGAUUGAGGAAAUUGCUCAGGGUAUCAUUGAGCUGUCAGACCUGUUUCGCGACCUUCAGAAUAUGGUUAUCGACCAAGGCACUAUGCUCGACCGCAUUGAUUAUAAUGUCGAGUGCAUGCAUACAGAUGUGAAAGGCGCCGAGGUUGAACUUAAAGUCGCGUCUGGCUACCAGCGAAAAACGACCAAGCGCAAAAUCAUCUUGCUGCUCAUGCUCCUUGUUGCAGGCCUAUUCAUUGUGCUUCUGGUCAAGCCCAAGAGGAAUAGUUAA